AAUGGCGGCGCCAGCGUCAGCAGCCACAUGCCCGUCUCCAUCAUGGCGGCGGCCGGACCCGCCUCCCUGGGCGCAGGAGUCAUGUGACCCACACAAUGGCUGAGCGCCUAGUAGAGGCUUCCCGGCAACGCCGAGUGAAAGUCAUGACGGCCGCCGCGGGUUCGGCGGGCCGCGUCGCGGUGCCCCUGCUGCUGUGCACGCUCCUGGCGCCCAGCCGCACGUACGUGCUCGACGACUCCGACGGGCUGGGCCGGGAGUUCGACGGCGUCGGCGCGGUCAGCGGAGGCGGGGCAACCUCCCGACUUCUAGUAAAUUACCCAGAGCCCUAUCGUUCUCAAAUAUUGGAUUAUCUUUUUAAGCCAUACUUCGGUGCCUCAUUGCAUAUUCUAAAAGUUGAAAUAGGUGGUGAUGGGCAGACCACAGAUGGCACCGAACCCUCCCACAUGCACUAUGCGCUAGAUGAGAAUUACUUUCGAGGAUAUGAGUGGUGGUUAAUGAAGGAAGCUAAGAAGAGAAACCCUAAUAUUACACUCAUUGGGUUGCCAUGGUCAUUCCCCGGAUGGCUGGGAAAAGGUUUCAACUGGCCUUACGUAAAUCUUCAGCUGACUGCCUACUAUGUCGUGACCUGGAUUGUGGGCGCCAAGCAUUAUCAUGAUUUGGACAUUGAUUAUGUUGGAAUUUGGAAUGAGAGGACAUGUGAUACCAAUUAUAUCAAGGUGUUAAGAAAAAUGCUGAAUGAUCAAGGUCUCCAGCGAGUAAAAAUCAUAGCAAGUGAUAAUCUCUGGGAACCUAUUUCUGCUUCCAUGCUGCUUGAUGCUGAACUCUUAAAGGCGAUUGAUGUUAUAGGGGCUCAUUAUCCUGGAACCCAUUCAGUAAGGGAUGCGAAGUUGACCGCGAAGAAGCUUUGGGCUUCUGAAGAUUUUAGCACUUUAAAUAGUGACAUGGGUGCAGGUUGCUGGGGUCGUAUAUUGAAUCAGAAUUAUAUCAAUGGCUAUAUGACUUCCACAAUCGCUUGGAACUUGGUGGCUAGUUACUAUGAACAGUUGCCAUAUGGGCGAUGUGGCUUGAUGACUGCCCAGGAGCCAUGGAGUGGGCACUAUGAAGUAGAAUCUCCUGUCUGGGUAUCAGCUCACACCACUCAGUUUACUCAACCAGGUUGGUAUUACCUGAAGACAGUUGGCCAUUUAGAGAAAGGAGGAAGCUACGUAGCUCUGACUGAUGGCUUAGGCAACCUCACCAUCAUCAUUGAAACUAUGAGUCAUAAACAUUCUGUUUGUGUACGGCCAUUUCUUCCUUAUUUCAAUGUGUCACGACAAUUUGCUACCUUUGUUCUUAAGGGAUCUUUUAGUGACAUACAGGAGCUACAGGUGUGGUAUACCAAACUUGGAAAACCAUCUGAAAGAUUUCUUUUUAAGCAACUGGAUUCUCUAUGGCUCCUUGACAGCGAAGGCAGUUUCACCCUGGAGUUGCAAGAAGAUGAGCUGUUCACGCUCACCACUCUUACCACAGGCCGCAAAGGCAGCUACCCUCCUCCCCCCAAAUCCCAGCCCUUCCCAACUACCUAUGAGGAUGAUUUCAAUGUUGAUUACCCGUAUUUUAGUGAAGCUCCGAAUUUUGCUGAUCAGACUGGUGUAUUUGAAUACUUUACCAAUAUCGAAGAUACUGGAGAGCAUCGCUUCACACUACGCCAAGUUCUCAAUCAACGACCCAUCAUGUGGGCUGCUGACGCAUCCAACACAAUCAGUGUUAUUGGAGAUUACACAUGGACCAAUCUGACUAUAACAUGUGACGUUUACAUAGAGACCCCCGAGAUGGGAGGUGUGUUCAUUGCAGGAAGAGUAAAUAAAGGUGGUAUUUGGAUUAGAAGUGCCAGAGGAAUUUUCUUUUGGAUUUUUGCAAAUGGCUCUUACAGAGUUACAGGUGAUCUUGCAGGAUGGAUCAUAUAUGCUUUAGGACGUGUUGAAGUUACAGCAAAAAAAUGGUAUACCCUCACGUUAACUAUUAAGGGUCGUUUAGCCUCUGGUAUGUUGAAUGACAAGUUUCUGUGGACAGACAUCCCUGUGAAUUUCCCGAAGAAUGGCUGGGCUGCCAUUGGAACUCACUCCUUUGAAUUUGCGCAGUUCGACAACUUUCAUGUGGAAGCCGCACGCUGAUACUCGCAGGACAUCAUAGAACACUCUUUGGAUUUUCUUCCUUUCUUUUUGAUUUUGGUUCAAAGCCAAUUCUUGUUUCGAUGGACCAAUAUAUUAGCCUUUGGAGGCUAAAAAUAAUGAAGAGUAAGUAAGGAGAAAAAUAGAUAUUUGCUUGAUUUGUAGAAGAUUUUAUUAGAACUAAUUCCAGAAGGAAAACAGGUAAAUCUUUAACACUACCUGGUGUGUUCCCUAACAUUCAAACUGUACAUCACUCAUCCUUACGCGUGGUUUGAGUGGUUCAGACGUUGAAGCCUCGGUGCCAAUACUGAGGUGGCCGUCUUCAUCUUGUUUGCAACUGAUCAUGCAGAUGGCAGUAACUUGACCGUCACUGAGAUGUGUUUAUGAAUGCUGACCUCGUGUGUCAGUGAGCUGAUGUCCUCACCAUAAGAUGAUGCUGCCAUGACAGGAGCCGAAGGACACUGGAAGUAGCUUUUAGGAGUCCACUUCAACAUGUUAUCCUUACACUCUAAAAAGUAUUUUUUUUUCUUUUCCUUUUUAAGAUGAUGCUUUUGAAUUGCAUAAUAUGGUGAGUGAGAUGAUUUAAAAAGUGCCUCAUUAAUAAACUACCUCUAAAACUA